AUGUCCGGCCUUAUCCCCAAGAAGUUCCCCACCCCCGUCAUUGGGCCCCUCGGACCUUUCUUCGCUGCCGGUCUGGUCAUCCUCUACGGCAUCAACUCGGCUCAAAACGCCAUGGCCAACACCGCCGAGUACAAGAACGACCCCCGCAACCCCAACCGCCAGGCUGCUAAGCACUAA